AUGCUGUUCACCGCGUUGUGCACAUUCCUACUCACCGGCCACAUUUUCGAAAUUUUGCGCCAAUUCAAACACGAGUCCGAAUGGCGACGAUUCGGCUAUCCGCUUCUCGUGAUGAUGUUCAUUCGGAUUCGAGUCGAUCCGUCGAUGCCCUACCUUGAAUUUUUCUACAAUGCUAUCAACGACGCGUUUCUUCUAACAAUAUUCGAUAUUGUUGCGCGAAUUCUUCAACAAUUCUACGAGUUUGUCAAGGUUUGCACUUGUUCGUCCGAUCUGGCAGGACGGCAUCGUACUGCAAGAAAUGACGAAUUUUUACCGGACCAUCAGUCAAUUGCCAAGAAAAAUGCUAGAUUUAUGUAA